CUCUGUUUAGGGUGUCGACUAGAAACAAGAAGCUACUUCAUAGGUUCCGAAGUCAGAACGGAAAUCAACAGAAUAUAUCAUUAUAUGAGACCAGUUUCUCACGGUUGCAAACCGUAAAGGCUUUGCGACAAAAAAAAAAAAACAAGGGUUCUAAUUGGACAGACACAUUCAGUGGUCCCUCUCCAUUUUGGUCCGUUUGGUUUCGACACUACGCAAAGUAUGUAUCUGGGACACACCCAAGGCGGGGUUUGGGCCGGAGGGUCCAUUCGACACUGAACAGUUGUGGAAAAGCUCUUGAUCCGAGUAGCACACAGAUUACUUCAGGGACUCAGAGUAUUGUAAAGUAAUUUAGGCAGGUCCAAUGGCGACACAGUGUGUGACAAAGGUGGAGCUGACUGUCUCCUGUGAGAAUCUUCUGGACAAGGACAUUGGCUCCAAGUCUGACCCACUGUGUGUUCUUCUCAUGAACACUACUGGGUCACAGUGGUAUGAGGUGGGCCGCACAGAGAAGGUACAGAAUUGCCUUGCGCCAAAGUUUGCCAAGAAGUUCAUCAUCGAUUACUACUUUGAAAUAGUGCAAAAGCUGAAGUUUGGAAUUUACGACAUCGACAAUAAAACUGUUGACCUAAGUGAUGAUGAUUUCCUGGGAGAGCUGGAGUGUACCUUGGGCCAGGUGGUGUCUAGUAGAAAGCAUACUAGACCACUGGUGUUGAAGAACAACAGGCCUGCAGGAAGAGGAACCAUUACAAUAAUUGCUGAAGAAAUAAAAGACAACAGGGUGGUGAAUUUUGAGGCUGAAGCAAGAAAACUGGACAACAAGGAUUUCUUUGGGAAGUCUGAUCCUUACCUGGAGUUCUACAAGCAGACAGAGACGGGAUGGCAGCUGGCUCACAGAACGGAGGUGGUGAAGAACAACCUGAACCCAACAUGGAAACCCUUCAGGAUCCCCCUGCAGUCCCUGUGUGGAGGAGACAUGGACAAACAUAUAAAGGUGGAGUGCUACGACUAUGACAAUGAUGGAUCUCAUGACCUCAUUGGAAUCUUUGAGACCACCAUGACACGACUGCAAGAGGCAUCGCGCUCCUCACCGGCUGAGUUUGAGUGUAUCAACAGUAAAAAGCAACAGAAGAAGAAGGGAUACAAAAACUCUGGUGUGGUGAGUGUGAAGCUGUGUCAGGUGGUGAAGGAGUAUACCUUCCUGGACUACAUCAUGGGAGGUUGCCAGAUCAACUUCACUGUGGGUAUUGACUUCACAGGGUCAAACGGUGACCCCAAGUCUCCCCAGUCUCUCCACUACAUCAGUCCACAAGGGGUCAAUGAAUACCUGUCUGCCAUCUGGUCCGUUGGCAUGGUGAUCCAAGACUACGACAGUGACAAAAUGUUCCCUGCCUUUGGCUUUGGAGCACAGAUCCCACCUACCUGGCAGGUUUCUCAUGAGUUCCCUCUCAAUUUCAACCCUGCAAAUCCAUUCUGUGCAGGUAUCGAGGGUGUAGUGGAGGCCUACAGAGUGUGUCUUCCCCAGGUGAAGCUCUACGGUCCCACUAACUUCUCUCCCAUCAUCAACCAUGUAGCCCGCUUCGCUAUGCAGGCUACCCAGCAGAAAACUGCCUCUCAAUACUUUGUCCUCCUGAUCAUAACGGACGGCGUGAUCACGGAUCUGGACCAGACACGCUCCGCCAUCGUUAAUGCCUCCCGUCUGCCCAUGUCCAUUAUCAUCAUCGGUGUGGGCGGGGCCGACUUCACCGCCAUGGAGUUCCUGGACGGUGACGACGGGCGGCUCAGAGCGCCAACGGGAGAGACUGCUGCACGGGACAUAGUCCAGUUUGUCCCCUUCAGACAGUUCCAGAACGCACCCAGGGAAGCUCUUGCUCAAAGCGUACUGGCAGAGUUGCCUGGACAAGUGGUGUCCUACUUCAGUAUACACAAACUGAAGCCUCCCCAUGACCCUGAGUCCCAGCCCUCAGCCCCAUCAGCCUCAGCCCUAUGAGUCCCAGCCUCAGCCCAGUACUUCGUAGAAAUUCUCCUAAAGAAGCUCUGGCCCAGUCUGUGUUGGCUGAAGUCCCUGGUCAGGUGGUCACCUACUUCAACUUGAACAAGCUGAGUCCUCCAAACACUGACACUCCCCCUGCCCCCGUCCCUACACCGCCAGCUACUGCAGACAUGCCCACCCUCACCUCCUAGUGCCCAGGAGAGGAAACAACCCCAGUACCAACCCAUCCCCACCUGAUCGAAGACGAGUAGACAGUCGCUCAUCUCAGUAGCUACCAUAAGCACUCUCUGCUAAUUAUCAUUGUGUCAAAGGGAUCAUGACAGGUAUACAAAGCUCUAGCCAUUACUAACUAGCAUGUGUCAGGUUGAAUUGAGCAGGAUGGAAGUUUUUUAGGAGGAAAUUCUACAAAACACUGCAUGUGUACUUACAGCAACCAACAACACAUUGGUCCAGUCUGGCUUGUUCCCAAUCUCCAUCAGUAGGCCAGUCCCAGAAGCAUGUGUACAUAUACCCAUAUGCACAGUGUCUAGUGAAAGUCUACACAUCCCUUGCACAGUUGUCACAUUUUGCUGCCUUAAAACUAAAUCUAAAAAGGGAUUAAAUUGUAUUUCUUCCUACGAUAUAUAUUGCAAUUUGAUGUUCCAAACAUAUUGCUCACUAUAUGUCUGCUGAACGCAUGAUAAUUCUUUUUUUUUUAAUCAGUCAUGGAAAGGAAAGUGUUGGCUUACUAUUUAAAAAGAUGGAGAACAAGCUAUAGGAUGAAAAAUACUGGCGUUUUGGCGCAGGAACAGCCGACGAGCCAAACUAUUUUUAUAUAUUUUUUUUUACAAAUCAAUACUUGUCAAAGUAUCGAUAUAAUAUCGUGACAUGUAACUAUCAAUUACUGCCCAUCACUACUUUAACUGCUGCCGAAGGUGCUUCCACCAAGUAUUAACUCUGGGGUGUAAAAGACGUACAUUUUUUGUAAUUCAUUUUGACAAUUUUCUUUACUUCAUUCAAUUUGAAAAUGUGGAGCAGGCUGUUUAGAUCAGUAUGAAAAAACAUCUAAUGAAAUCCCUUUUAAAGAUGUAAAAUGUGACAACUGUGGAAGGGUCGUGUAGACUCACUAGGCAAUGGCAAUCUUUUUUUAAGUAGCCUAAUGCUUCUUAGUUUUCUAUUUUAUACUGUUUUGCCUUUUUUAGUAGACACUUAUCCAGAGCAACUUACAGGAGCAAUUAUGGUUAAGUGCCUUGCUCAACGACAUAUUUUUCACUUAGUCAGCUUGGGAUUCGAACCAGUAACCUUAGUUACUGGCCCAACGCUCUUAACGGCUAGGCUAUCUGCCACCCUAUUUCACUAUAAACCUUGCUUCAUCAGAUGUUUUUUUUAUAGUUUGGCACAUUUGUAUAUUUUUACUAAGUUUAAUGCUCAGUAUAGAUUCGUUUUCCAGUUGUGAGUAGCAUUAUAUCUACAGUAAUUAUCCAGUCCUCAAAAUAAUUUUGAGGUAAAUUUUGUUUAUUCAAACAGGCUAAAUUCAUGCUUCUUUUUAAGUGAUGGUUUUUAAACUGACAGUUUAGCAAAUUGGAUAUUGUGUUGUGAAUGCAGCUUUUGAGUGAAUGACAUUCAUAGUGUAUUAAUCGUUCCACUCCAGAAUAAUGCUGAUUUCUUGAUGUUUGUGUAUUGAGUCACUAUAGAGCGCUCGUUUUUCUUCCUCUUGUGCCAAUUAUGCUUGCAGAGACACUUUAUGGACUAGCUUGCAGAGUUCCUAUUCCAUUUGAGCAUAAAUAAUUAAAUUAAAUUAUGACCAUAUUAAUUAUGUAAAUGUCAGCUUUAGCAUACAUUUUGUGUUUAUAUUGAUAAACAAUUUACUUUAACUUCUCCUUCCCCACUGAUAAUUGAUCAGGUUUAAACUGGAAUUUCAACUUCAACUGUAUUAGUUAUUUUGUCAUUCAUAAUUUGUUUAUGGGUUCCUAUAAAUUGAAGGCCUUAUAUUAUAGAUACUACUACAGUAUAAUAAGUAACACAAUCAAAUGGUUCUUUCUGCUCUUCCAAGUUAUGUCAAUGUCCUAUAUUAUAUUAUAUCCUGGGUGGUUCGAGCCCUGAAUGCUGAUUAGCUUAAAGCAGUUGUAUAUCAGACCGAAUACCAUGGGUAUGACAAAAAAAGUAAUUUUUACUGUUCUAAUUAGUUGCGUCGUGCAUAAGAGCAGCCCGUAGCCAUAUACCACACCCUCUCUGGCCUUACGUGUGCCUUGUGCCAUUUAUAGCUGUUUUUCCCCCAAAGGAAUCGAGCAUAUUUCUAAUAUUGUAUGAUGAUCACAAGUAAACGUUGUUUAUCUACCACAA